AUGUUAGACACACAGCUCACUCUCGGUGAACAUAUAAGCCAAAUCGUAGUCAAAGCCGACAGAACCGUGGCUGCACUAGCAAUGCUGAUGCCCAAUAUAAGUGGCCCCAGAGCAUCGAAACAAUUAGUCACAUUCAGCGUGGUGCACUCCCAAAUGGUGUACGGUUCACCUUGCUGGUACACAGUCCUCAAUAACAAAAAGCUUCUUCUAAAACUUACCCAAUUGCUGAAAAAACUGGUGAUACGGAUAUGCAGCGCAUACCGAACAAUAUCCGCAGAGGCGGUCGGCGUCAUACCGACAAUUCCUCCAAUAGAAUUGCAAACUAGCGAGAGGAAAGAUCAAUAUUCAGGCUUACAGAGGUCGAAUGCAAGAGUCAGUUGGCAACAGAAAUGGGAAAGAGGAAUUCAU